AUGAAUAGUAAAUGUCGGAAUGCUCGUAACUUGUACAAGAAAAAACUUAGGAAAGGAUGUUUAUCAAAAUUUGCGCAAACUAUAAACUCAUUUUUUCGCAAUUAUUGCGAAAAUACAGCACUACAUGGCUUUCGAUACAUCAUUAUAGGCAAAACGACUUUUCAUAAAAUAAUUUGGUUAACGAUCUGUGUGGCAGCAAUUAUCUUUUGCGCAAUAAUGAUGUUACGACUAUCGCUGUACUAUUUGAACAAUCCUACAGUGACGAUAAUUGAUACAUCGAAUCCCAUAAAGGAAUUACAUUUUCCAGGUAUCACUAUAUGUAACAACAACAAAGUGUACAAACCUCACGCUGAUAAGAUCGCACAAAAAUUGCUGAUGUAUGGAUUCAAUAGAGACAUGACUAACAAAUUGUUCUCUUCUCUGAUGAAACUGAUACGACCAGACAAAAUUGAGAUCGAUAACGCAACUGCGUCCUGGGCCCUCGACAUUCUUGGUUACACUGUGGAGAAACUUAUGCUCGAGUUGAUGCAACCUUGCGACCUAUUGUUAGUGAGAUGCGGUUGGUUGGGACAACUUUACAAUUGUAGUAAAAUUUUCAAAAUAGUGAAAUCGAAAGAGGGUUUCUGUUGUGGUUUUAAUUAUCAUUCUAUCGAUUACAAUAAUAAAUUAUCUUGGUUAACAAAUUAUACGAGGGCUAUUGACAACAAAGAAACGAAUUCUUCCGAUCUUCUGCCAGGUGUUAGCCGCGUUCUGAAUGUACCUGGAACAGGACGUGACAUAGGUUUGGCAGUAGCGUUGAAUAUCGAUGCUAAAAAUUAUAAAAGUUCGGUAAGACAAUUUGUAGGUGCCACUAUUUUGAUCCACGAUCCAUUAGAUUAUCCGGAUGUUGGUGCACAAUCUGCGAGUUUGCAACCGGCCCAUGUAAUGUCAAUGACACUUACAGGCACGAAAAUAAAAAGCUCGAAAGAUCUUCAGCAUAUACCUUUAAUUAAAAGGAUGUGCCUGUUUGAUGAUGAGCUACCUACAGAUAUAAAUUACACACUAUACGAUGGAGACCAAAAAUAUAAUUAUCAAACAUGCAUCUCGAAAUGUUUACAGAAGAAAAUUCAUGGCUUUUGUGGAUGUUUGCCCUUUUUUUUUCCUGAUGAUCAUCCGUACGAGCGCACUUGUUAUUUGACGGAUGUGGAUUGCAUUCUGGCUCGUAGGAGAAAUCUGUCGCAGAUACAAUCAUUGCACAUCAACGAUUGCGAUUGUCUUCCACAAUGUAGCGAUGUAAAUUACGAAAUAGUUACUGAAUCGAUACCAAUGGACAACGCAGAAUUUGAUUCUGAAAUAACGCGUGGCUUAAAUCUUAAUAACACUUCGUUUCUAUACGCUUAUUUUCGAGAUGGCACAUAUCUCGAGUACCGGAAGCAAACUAUCUUAGGAUGGGACAACCUUCUCGCUUCUUUCGGAGGAAUCUUUGGACUUUGCCUGGGUGGUUCGGUGAUAAGUUUCGUUGAAUUCUUUUAUUAUUUCAUAAUUGACUUUUUUUCCGUUCGUAAAAAGAAAAAAGCACAACUGGUGGAUGUACCGCCUGCUUCGAAAUUAUUCAUCUCCGUUCCGAUGAAUGUAAAUUUGAAAAAGUACAAUACGUCAACUCUGAAUAAACGUAUUUUCCUCGCAUGGAAUCAGCAAUUUCCCAAACGAAUUUGGAAAAAUUCUGAUUAUGAACUCAAGACUUUUGUCGGAUCUCCACCAUAG